UGAUCUGUUUUCUUUCCACCGGCCCAGGUGAUUCCCGCAAAGUAAACAUCUUCCACAAAUCACAUCAUUUCCUCAACAACUCCCAGUGAAAUAUUUCAACCAAACCGUUGCCAAGACAUGCCAGGCUCCUUUGGUCGAUGAAAAUAUAGAUAUUGCCAGAGGGGUGCAAAUGUGUAGCUGUAGGAUUGGCUAACUCCACCCCGGCCUAUUGCUUUUCCAGCGGCAAAGCCGUCUGGUCGGGACUACCCCAGAGAAACCAGGCGCGGAAGUUUUGCCAGUGAUCCUGAUUGCGCUGUUGAUAUAAACAAAGUCAAACUUUGGUCUGGCCCGCAGGCCUGUGUCUGACGGGGAAGCGGUCGGACAACUCUGCCGGUUCACACACAGAUCAACACCGAGGGGGGCACGCCACUCAUUUGUCGUGGGAAACACGUCAUCGUUGGACGACAAUAGUACAUCAAACUGGGAGGGGAACUACGUCACAGAGAGGGAGCGCGGCGCAUCCUGUACAGCGUGAAUGUCAGGUAUUUGUGAUCAUUUGUCGGACUGGGUGACCCGACCACCCCACCCACAGCGGGAUUCGCGUGGUUUCGUAACACAGCACAGCAUACCGGGACAGGUCGCCGUGUGAAGACGUGAGGGGAUCUGUGAUUCGUCCUCUCGGGGUUGUACUUUGAACUGUGGCGCAGGAUUUCUAAACCCGACCCGUGUCAAGAGGUAAACACAACCGCGGAGAAGCUAUUCACCAUUUACAGGAUCACCUGCGUGCUGCAGAUUCGUCACUUCCGGCAGACUGCGUUCCGUGCCAUACGGAUUUUAGAGGCCUGGAGUGCGGACUGUAUCGUCCUCUGUGUACAUUGUUAUUGAUUGUUAGCGGCAUAAUUGGUUUAAUUGUACGGCAGGAAGAUCGAGAGGCGGCCAAUAAUACGGAGUAAACCUCCUGGGAAUUCACAGAUUGAGCCGCAGUUACGCCGUGUGACCGGGUUUGCCCUCUAACCUGUUGUUCCGCCUAGCUUGUUUUGGGUCUCGUUUGAGGAAGGAGGUGGUCGUCAAAUAAAGGCCGUAAUAUUAGUCUCCGCGGGGCGGCUGGCCGGGCCAGGCUGGGACGGAGAAAAACAGACGCCUCGCCAUGUCUAUUAUCGGGGAUCUGGCCUUGAGCCGUGUGGUGUUGGAGUCCGAGGGACGGCGGUCGCGACGCGAGACGUCCGGAUUCUCCACCAUGCGUCGUUCCCGCGCGUCCAGGGAGAUCAUCAAGGUGGACGUGGAGGACACGUCUCACGUGCCGUUUGGCACCAAGCACAAGGACGUGGUGAAAGUAGCGGUGGAGAUGCAGGGACAGACGACUCAGCUCGUGGACCUGGACCAGAAGGAGUCUCUGGAGGUGAUCGUGGAGAAGCUGUGUGAGGGGUGGGGCGUGGAGAACCCACACUACUACUCCCUGUCGCUGAUUUCGCACGAAGGAGCCCGAGGGGUCUACAUUACAGAAAAGAAUCGCCACCAGAUAAAAAAUGGCAGCUACCUGAGAGUCAGCACGGCGCCGUCUAAAGCGGCCAGGGACAUUAUAACCAAGAUCAAGAACAGGAACAGACCCAUGGCGGAGAAGAAGCCGGUUAUGCAGAGACUAGCCCAGAUGUCGUCGGACGAGACCUUCGCUGUCGAGUUCAUUACCUCAGACGGAGUCACACUGUUGAUGGAUUUGGUGGUGUCUGGUGUGACGACAGGGGAGAACUUGGGGCUUGUCUUGGCAGCUUUCCUAGCCCUGAUGGACCACGGCAUCGUCUCCUGGAACUCUCUCAACCCCAGAUUUGUACAGAGGGUCGCCAGCUUCGUCAACAAGAGCACGGUGGCGGAGGCCAUCAUUGUCCAGCGGGCCCUCGCGAUCCUGGAGAGCAUCGUGUUGCUAAGCGACGCGUUCGGCCAGGUGGUGUCCGGCCAGGUCAGCCUUCAAGUGUUGACGGAACAUUUCAAGAGCCCGGCGGCGGAGAUCCAGCUUAACUCUGUUACACUAAUCAACGCGCUGCUGAUCAAGGCCACCCCGGCCAAGGCCAAGGAGAUUCUAGACAUCAUCAACUCCCGUCACGUGCAGGGGCUGAUCCUACAGGGCAUCAUAGACGGGCGCAGAACGGUGGGGGCGGAGAUGGCACACCAGCUGCACGUAUUACAGGUGUUGCUGUUCUGUUGCCUUGACGACCGAAUCCAGACCGAACUUGACCCCGGUGACCCAGAGCAACUGAACAAGGUUCGCAAGCUGUACGCCCUCGCCUUUGACCGUGACCUCAGUGCGCAAGGCAGCGCUUUAUUCGCCGAGAACAAGGGAGCCAUCCGCAGGUCAAAAGUCGAGUAUAUGGAAAACUACAAGAAGCUGGGUUUCACCAACUACACAAGCCCCAUCCUGGACUUUGAAGAAACGCCCCCUGGCCUGCUCGCCCUGGAUUGCAUGUUGUUCUUCGCGGAGAAUCACACAGAAAGUUACAACAAGCUAGUGUUUGAGAACUCCUGCAGGGAUGACCAAUAUGUCUGUCCAUUCGCAAGGUGUGCCAUUGCCCUCACCCUUUUGCUCUGCAAAAUACUCCAGGUAGGAGAGCCCCCUUCUGAGACGGGGCAGGACUACCAUCCCAUGUUCUUCGCCACCCCAAAUGCAUUCGAGGAGGUCUUCUGUGUCUGUAUACAGUCACUCAACAAGACUUGGCGGGAAAUGCGCGCCAUUCACGAGGAUUUUGACAAGGUGAUGGACGUGUGCCGGGAGCAGAUCGGCAUGGCCCUGUCCCACCGCCCGCGCAGCCCAGCCAUCUUCGGCACCAAGCUGCAGGACUACAGCUACCACGAGAUCAUCCGACAGAUCCAGGACAGCCGCGUGUCCAAGCUGCCUCUGGACGGGGACGUGGAACCGUUCUGCGGCCUGAGGAACACCAUCACCCCCGGAGUCGUCCAACUCAUCAAGGCACACCGCCUCUCGCACCUCGUCAAGGGCGGGCUGUUCCAGAAGUUCAACAAGAGGAGAGUCAAGGACAAGUUCUGGUUCUGUCGCCUCGCGCCGAACUUCAAGGCGUUCCACUACGGAGACGCAGGGGAGGGGACAACUCCCGACAUCGACCAACUGAGCGGGAAGCUAGACCUCGCCGACAUCAAGCAGCUGGUGACAGGAAAGCAGUGCCCCCACAUGAAGGAGUCCCGGAGUCAGAAGGACAGCGUCACACCAUACGCGUUCUCAAUCCUGUACUACCCCGACAAUUCGCUAGACUUCGUGGCGCCUACCAAGGAGAUGUACGACCUGUGGACGGACGGUAUCAGCGCACUGCUGGACCAGGAGAUGACGAGUAAAACCACCAAGAAAGAGAUGGAGAUGUUGUUGUCCAUGGAGAUGAGACUAGCUCUGUUAGACACGGAGGGACUGCAGCUUCCGUCAGAACCACCUCCACUGCCGCCAGAACCCGACAACUACGACUUCGCUGUGAAGCUGUAGAUCACAAACUCAGACCAAUGCGAAUCUUCAAGGGUUUUUUAAAGUUCUGUUUUGAAAGGAUUGUACAUGUGUGCUGAUUAAGGUUGUUGUUCCUGGUGAUUUGUUGCAGUAUUAUACUAUCGGUGUAUAUGUUUGAUGGACAUUAAGACGAUGUUUGGUUACUCAAUAAAGAAAGAAAGUUUUGGCUCUGC